AAAAACAACUGAAAAAUGUUUAAUAAAACCUCCAUUUUCCUGCUGCUAUCAACGGCCUGCUUGUUAACAGCGGCUCAAAUGAGCGUCAAUUUGAGCAAAGCUGAAGUACCUUCUACAACAAUUUUACCUGAGAAGCAUACAACAAAAAGCACCACAAGCACUACAACAACUACCACCACCACAACAACAACUACAGAAGCACCCACAACUACUCCGGCCCCAACAACAACUACAACAACAGCCGCUCCCACAACCACUACAAGUGCACCCGAUACAACAACACCAGCACCAGUUCCGACCACCACAGUUAAACCAGUACCACCCAAACCCUAUCCCGAACCCGAGGUGGCAACAUGGAAUGCAUCAUGCAUUAUGGUUAAAAUGGCAGUACAAUUGAAUUUCACUUAUGAAACCAAAGAUAAUAAAAUGGUUUAUGGCUUAUAUAACAUUCCCAAGGAUGCCGCUGUUGAUCAUGUUGACUGUGAUAAGAAUACCACACAAUCUAUGCAAAUUAAUUGGGGACCCGCCACUGCUCAACACAUUAUGGUAAUGAAUUUCGAACGUGCUAAUGGCUCGACCAACAUGACCAUGAUGAUGUUUACAUUGCCAUUGUUGAAUACCACUUUCCCAGAUGCUAAAGGUAAGAUGAUUUUUUG